CUUAUUUAUCCUUCCUUGUCCCGGUAGCUCAUCUGUUGGGUGCUUGUCCCUUUUCUCUCGGUGUAUAACAUCUUUUUCUUUAUCUCACAUCACAAUGUUGUCCACUCUCCGAGUUGCCAGCCGUCAGGCUGUUGCGCGUGACGCCAACAUGCGCACUGUUAUCGUCGGUGCCAGACACGCCUCGGCCUGGUCGAAGGUUCCCCAGGGUCCUCCGGAUGCCAUUCUGGGUAUCACCGAGGCCUUCAAGGCCGAUACCUUCAAGGAGAAGAUCAACCUCGGUGUUGGUGCCUACCGUGACGACAAGGGCAAGCCUUACGUCCUUCCCUCGGUUCGCGCCGCUGAGGACAAGGUCGUUGCCUCUCGCCAGGACAAGGAGUAUGCUGGCAUCACCGGUAUUCCUUCCUUCACCAAGGCCGCUGCCGAGCUCGCCUAUGGCUCCGACUCCGCCGUGCUCAAGGAUGACCGUCUUGUCAUCACUCAGACCAUCUCGGGUACCGGUGCCCUGAGAAUCGGUGGUGCUUUCCUCCAGCGCUUCUACCCCCACGCGAAGAAGAUCUACCUCCCCACCCCCAGCUGGGCCAACCACGGUGCCGUUUUCAAGGACUCCGGUCUUGAGGUCGCCCAGUACCGCUACUACAACAAGGACACUAUCGGCCUCGACUUCGAGGGUCUCCUUGCCGACAUCAAGGCUGCUCCCGAGAACAGCAUCAUCCUCCUCCACGCCUGUGCCCACAACCCUACUGGUGUCGACCCCACCCAGGAGCAGUGGCGCAAGAUUAGCGAUGUCAUGAAGGAGAAGGGCCACUUUGCCUUCUUCGACAUGGCCUACCAGGGCUUUGCCAGUGGAAACGCUGACCAGGAUGCUUUCGCUCCCCGUCACUUCGUCAAGGAGGGCCACAACAUUGCUCUGUGCCAGAGUUUCGCCAAGAACAUGGGUCUCUACGGUGAGCGUGUCGGUGCUUUCUCCCUCGUCUGCGAGUCGGCCGAGGAGAAGAAGCGCGUCGAGUCUCAGGUCAAGAUUCUCAUCCGUCCUUUCUACUCCAACCCUCCCAUCCACGGUGCCCGUGUCGCCUCCACCAUCAUGAACGACGCCGAGCUGAACCAGCAGUGGCUGGGUGAGGUUAAGGGCAUGGCUGACCGUAUCAUCGAGAUGCGCGCCCUGCUCCGCAAGAACUUGGAGGAGCUUGGCAGCAAGCACGACUGGUCCCACAUCACCAGCCAGCAGAUCGGCAUGUUCGCCUACACUGGCCUCAAGCCCGAGCAGAUGGACGUCCUGGCCAAGGAGCACUCCGUCUACGCCACCAAGGAUGGCCGUAUCUCCGUGGCCGGUAUCACCUCGGGCAACGUCAAGCGUCUUGCCGAGUCCAUCUUCAAGGUGACCGGUUAA